AUGGAAGAAAAAAAAGACGAAGUAGUCUCGACACAAAAGAAACUUCAAGCGUCACAUGACCCAGGUUGGAAUGAUCCACCAAAAUGGGCGUUCACUCCAACACCAGCUACUGGCAGUACACCAACAAAAAGAUUAUUGAACAAACGUGUUGCAUUUCCUUUGAAUUCAUCAACUGGACCCGCUAGUCAAUCUAAUCAAGUCUUAGGUUCAAAUCUUCCACCUCCGAUGCUUCCAAGCCCAGGACCGGGACAAGUUUUAACCUCAGCACCUCACGCUCCUCUUCUAGCUCCUUCAAGCAUUACAGCAGAUGCUACUUCGUCGACGGUUAACAAACAGCAGUCAUUAACUGACAGUAUUAAUAAUUUCCAGAAGAUUAUUGAUAGCAAACUUGAAAAUGGUGAUAAAACUGAGGAAGUCAAACGGCGACUAGAUGUCAUGAAGUCCAUGUGGCUUGAUGAUAAACUAAAUAGUCAGAUACAUGAAAAAAUGUUGGAGUUAUCUAAAGCAUUACUGCGCAACGACAUAGAAACGGCAGAUAAAAUUCAUGUUUUUUUAAUGACGAACCACACAGCAUUAUGCAAUGCAUGGAUUUCUGCUAUAAGAUACUUAAUUUUAGCUUUAAAAGAUAAAAAUUUUUCUGAAAAUGCUAACAACCAGCCUGAACCUAUCUUGUUACUAAAUUCUACAGAAUUUAAUUAA